CUUCCCACCUGCUGUUGUAGUUUUUCAGUCUUACAGCCGACUCCACCUUCAUUCCGUUAAAUUGCAAACCUAAUCCACCUUCUUGUCCCUUCAGUUUCUCUGUGAAACUAGAAAACCCGUGGCGGCGUUGCUAUAUUUUAUUCUCUUACUUCUCACGAUGCUUUGGUGCCUUGAAGAGCAUUACUUUUCUGCUCACUUUGGUUUAUCAUUAUAAUAGUAUAAAACUCUAUGCAAGCUAAGAUCGUGCAACAUUAUGGUUAUACUGACACCACACAGACACCAUUCUAACAUGACUGCAACAGACAAAAUUUUUAGCAUGCAAUCUACAUGAAAGAAACAUUGUGACCAGUUAUGUUCAUCAUGAUUGAAACGGAAAGCUUUGCUUCACCAGAUAGGAUAACAUUAUUAACAUUAGUAGUAUUAUUUAUGUUACAAUGAUGUCCUUGCAUAACAAAAGUAAAAUUAUGUUCAAUGAUGUUGUCGAAUGACGAUCCCAGUUCUCAUCACAAGAGUAAAAUCGGAGUACAAAGCAUAUAAUAGAAUCUUGAUUGCCAACCAAAUGCUAGAUGAACUGAAAUUUGAGCACGAAAAUCAUUGCACAAUCGUAAAUAAUUGCCACUGGACUACAAUUUCACCUUAAUUCUCUGGAAGUAAGGAUGUUUGUGUACAUUGCCUAGCGGGCGCCCAGAAGGGAGAUAACAUGAAUGACACCAUUGCCACUCAUUGUCACAGUUAUUAUAUAGGGGCAUAUGUUCUGCCCGUCCAUACCCGCUUGUGCUGCGAUAACGCUUCUGCCAAGCAUGGACGUGCAUGCCCAUUCCCCUUUAGCCACAGGUCAACCUGCCCAUGCAAAUCGCAUAUCCUUGAUGACUUGAGGUGCUGAAAAUGCAAGUAACAAAGGACGAAUCAGAAGAAAGAAGUAGUUGACGGAGCAACUCACCCUGUGGAUACUACCUGCCCGUGGUUUAUCCUGCAGAUUCAUGUUAUAGUGAUUAACUCUUUCUUAGAUCCUUCCCUAUAUUGGUAGUGUACAACUGUACAUAGUUACCAUUUGGUUGAUGGCCUGCUAUUGUUGGUAUCUGCCAUGAUAGCUUUUGUCCCAACCCUUAUUGUCCCUUAUUACAAUUGAAGGCUUGUUAGAACCAAUAUUGCUGUAUGUAUAAUUGUGUUCUCUUGUGAAAUUCUGGUUAUUGAUCCAGACAAGCUGGAUGAUCGUCCUUUAUUUGGGUCUUUACACUUUACAUUUUAGGCUCACUCUGUCAGGAUCAUGAACUUUCACAUAGACUUGACUGAGCAACGAUUAGAUAUUGUCACCCUUGAUGAAGCUCGGAAGAGGAAGCUAGGAUUGCUUGAGGAUGAGGACAUUGCUAAUUUGGCAUCUGCAGCUUCCGCGCAGGGCAGUGAGUUUGCAGCAAAGGAUGCAGCUAAGGAGAAUGCUCCUUUAGCAGUGGCAAAGAGCAAUGAUCAUUCAGAGAGGUCUUUCUACAAGGAGCUUGUUAAAGUAAUUGAAGCUUCUGAUGUGAUUCUUGAGGUUCUUGAUGCAAGGGAUCCACUAGGCACCCGUUGCCUUGACAUGGAAAUGAUGGUUAAGAAGGCUGAUCCAAGUAAACGGAUUGUACUACUUCUCAACAAGAUAGAUCUUGUUCCCAAGGAGGCGGUUGAGAAGUGGCUUACAUAUCUAAGAGAAGAAAUGCCAACAGUUGCAUUUAAGUGCAAUACCCAAGAGCAGAGGACAAAGCUGGGAUGGAAAUCUUCAAAACUUGAUAAAACAAGUAACAUCCCACAAAGCAGUGAUUGUCUUGGUGCUGAGAAUCUAAUCAGAUUGCUCAAGAAUUAUUCCAGAAGCCAUGAGCUCAAACUGGCAAUUACGGUGGGUAUUGUUGGACUUCCUAAUGUUGGCAAGAGUAGUCUGAUCAACAGCCUGAAGAGGUCCCGAGUGGUUAAUGUCGGUUCCACUCCAGGGGUUACUAGGGCAAUGCAAGAAGUUCAAUUAGACAAGAAGGUGAAGUUGUUGGAUUGCCCUGGUGUUGUUAUGCUCAAAUCUUCCAGCAGUGGUGUGUCUGUAGCCCUUCGAAACUGCAAAAGAGUUGAGAAAAUGGAAGAUCCAGUCACUCCUGUUAAGGAGAUCCUAAGUAUUUGCCCGCAUGAGAAGUUGUUAUCUCUGUACAAGGUUCCAAACUUCAGUUCAGUUGAUGAUUUCCUUCAGAAAGUAGCAACUGUACGGGGGAAGUUGAAAAAGGGUGGUGUAGUGGAUGUUGAAGCUGCUGCGAGAAUUGUGCUUCAUGACUGGAAUGAAGGUAAAAUACCAUAUUUUACACUGCCACCUAAAAGAGAUGCUGGGGAGGACUCAAAUGCAGUGAUUAUAACACAAGAUGGGAAAGAAUUUAAUAUUGAUGAAAUUUACAAAGCUGAGUCUUCAUAUAUUGGUGGUUUGAAGUCCAUUGAGGAGUUUCAUCACAUUGAGAUUCCUCCUAAUGCUCCACCAGGGAUUGAUGAAGAGAUGCUAGAGGAAGGCAAGAAACCAAGUGAGCCUGCCCAGGAAAGCCGGGAGGAGCAAAUGUCUGACGUGAAUGAUCGGGAAGGAAGCAAGGCAGCCAGUGCUAGCACACAGAAUGACAAGUUGUACACCGCCGAGGGCAUACUCGACCCUCGCAAGAGGAAAGCAGAGAAGAAACGACGCAAGGCGAACAAGUUCAGCGUGCUGAACGACAUGGAUGCGGACUAUGAUUUCAAGGUGGAUUAUCAGAUGGAGGACGCAUCGGCCGCCAAUGAGGACGAUGGGGGUGCACAAGCGGAUGAUGAAGAUGGCGGGGAUGAAGCCAAGGAUAAUGAGCCGAUGACUGGUGUUGAUGAUGCGUGAAAUAUUUAGCUCCAUCCUUGUGUAUGAGUUAAUGGCGGGUAGAUGUUAUCGGUGAUAUUAUCAUGUCGAGUGCCAGAAAUGGCCUAGUGGGGGUUGCAAAAUUAACCCGCAAAAGUUUUGUGCGCUUAGUUUGUUUAAUGAAAGAUGAUACUAUGAGAAGGCUUGCGUUUUACC